CGACCAAGAGCUUUAAUUACCGACCUUUCGGGCUCAAAAUCACAAUUAAACCGACAAGGUAGUGAGUAAAGCGUUCUAUGACGACCAUAUGAACCAUAAAGUUAGCCGUGCUGAGUUCAGGGACACUAUGGAAAAUGCACUUUCCGCUCCAAUGAAGCCAGGCACUUUAAAAAGCAACGAAAAUAGGCUAUUGAGAAAAUUCUCCGGACCACGGAUGACCAAGGAGUUUCUGAAGGAUCACUGCAAGCAAAACAGGCUCUACUCCACGCCACAUUUAAAUGACACGCUCUACCUACACUUUAAGGGAUUCUCCACCAUCGAGAACUUGGAGGAGUACACAGGGCUCAAGUGUCUGUGGCUGGAGAGCAAUGGGCUGCAGCGCAUUGAGAACCUGGAUGCGCAGAUCAACCUGCGGUGCCUAUUCCUGCAGCAGAACCUGAUCCACAAGCUGGAGAAUCUCGCACCCAUGCAGAAACUGUGCUCCCUGAAUGUCUCCAACAACUACAUCAACACCAUCGAGAACAUUUCCUGCCUCCCUCAGCUCAGUACUCUGCAAAUUGCCCACAACAAGCUGGAGGUGGUCCAUGACAUCCAGCACCUGAGUAAAUGCGUGGCCCUCACAGUUCUCGACCUGUCACACAACCUGCUCCAUGAGCCUGCGAUUCUCCCCAUUUUGGAGGCCAUGCCGGAACUGCGGGUCCUGAAUUUGUUGGGCAACAAGGUGGUGACCAACAUUCCCAACUAUAGGAAGACUCUUAUCGUACGUCUUAGGCAUCUCACCUUCCUGGACGACCGGCCCGUUUUUCCCAGGGACAGGGCCUGUGCAGAGGCAUGGGCUCUGGGUGGUUUGGAAUUGGAACGCAAGGAGCGGGAACAAUGGGACACCCAGGACCGGAAGAAAAUCCAAGAUAGCUUGGAUGCUCUGGCUUUGAUUAAAAAGAAAGCACAGCGAAGACUGCGCCUUAAAGAGGAAGCGGAGAGAGGUGACACUGAGGCUUCCAUCUCUCCCGAAACCUCUUGUGAGGAAUCGGCUGGUGAGAACAUCCAAAGCUUUGUGCAGGAAACACUGAAUGCUCACAAUGAAUUUCUUCAAAGUCAAGCAAUGCGGUGCAAUGAAAACCAGAAAGAUGAGUUGGAUUCAGAUUUGGAGCAGCUUGAUGAAGGGCUGGAGGCCAAGGCUGUAGAUAAGAUAUUUGAGCAAUAUGAUAAACAAGCAUUAGAUGGCAACAAGGAUCUGCUUCGUGGCGGUAGACCAGCAGGAGAACCUAUAACAAUUGUAAACCAUGUCGACCAGGAAAACCAGCUGGGGGCUAGAUUGGUGGAUGCAAAGCUACUGCAAAUUGAUGACUUUCCUGUUCUUGAGGAUGUACAAACACCUGCUGAGAACAUCCAGCGCUUUGUUCAGGACACAAUGGAUGCCAAUGAGUUCCUCCAAGGUCAAAAAAUCCUGCAAGCUGAUGAAAACCAGGAAAAAUUUGAAGGCUCCAAAUCAGAGCAGCUCGAUGAAGUGUUUGAGACUUACAUGAAACACAAGAUGUGCGAGACAGAUAAAGAACAUACUCAGCGAUCUGCUGAUGAGCAGGAUCAGGUUUUUGUUGAUGAAGAGGGAAAAGAAUCUAGAACAAGUUUGAACCCUGAGCAACAGCUUUCUUUCAGGAUGUUAGAUUCCCCUGAAGAGCCACAAGGCCCCAGUGUUCUGAAGGAUGCAGUGUUGCUGCAUGUUGAUGAUAUUCUUGAUGAUUUGAAACCUGGGAAGAUUCUUAGCCUUGUGCACAACACUCUGGAGGCCGAUGAAGAGAACCUCCAAAGUCAAACAACAGUGCAAGCUGAUGAAAACCAGGAAAAAAGUGAAGAAACUAAAUCGGAGCAGCUUGAUGUAGGACUUGAGGCCAAAGAGGAGAUGUCUGAGAAAGUGGAACGUGAUGAACAUGCUUCACAGGUGGGUAGAGAUGAUGAGCAGGUUCUUGACAAUGAAGCAGGAAGAGGACCUAAAACUAUUAGAAACCAUGAGUCUGAGAAUAUUCAGAGUCCUUUGGUGGUAGAUUCUCCUGAAGAACAAGGUUCAAGUUCACUGUGCACAGGGCUGCAGGAUGCCGUGUUGCAACAUAGUGAUGAUCAUUUUGUUGAGAACAUCAGAUCACCCACUGAGAACAUCUAUAGACCUGUGCAGGACACAUUGGAGACCCAGGAGGAAUUUCACCAAAUUCAAAGAAUACUUAGACCUGUUGAAAUCCAGGAAAAAGAUGAAGCCUUCAAAUCAGUUCAACUUUCUGGUUUGGGGACCAGAAUUGAAGGGGAGACGUCUGAAGAACAAAAAAAAGCUCACCAUGUGGAUGGAGAGGAAGAUCACUUUCUUGCAAAUGAAGAAGGAAGAGAAUCUCCAACAUUUGUAAAACCUGAGCUCCAGCAGAGCCACCUUCCUUCUAUUGUAGAUUCUCUUCAAGAGCCACAUGAUUCCGGCCUAAGAGGGCCUGGCCUGCAGUAUCCCGAGUUGCACACUGAUGACAGUUUUUAUCUUGAGGAUGUGGAACCAACUGAUGAGAACAUCCAUAGACGUGUGCAGGACACACUGGAGGCUAAUGAGGAUAUUAACCCAAGUGAAACAACACAGGUAUCUGUUGAAAACCAGAAUGAAUGCAAAUACUCCAAAUUAAAGCAGCUUGAUGAAGGAGUAGAGGCAUUUGAAGAAGAUGAACAAGCUCGACAAGGUGAUGAUGAGGUUCAGGUUCUUGCCGAUGAAGCAGGAAGCCAACAUACAUCAAUUGUAAAUCCUAAGAACAAUGAGAAUCAACAUCCUGAGGCGAGGGCGGAUUCUUUCCAAGGACUGCAGGAUGGAGAACUGCUGCAUAUUGACCUUACUGUUCUAGAGGAUGCCAAACCAUCUACUGAGAACAUACAAAACUUUGUGCAGGACGCAAUAGAGGACCACGAAGAAUUUCUCCAAAGUCGAACACAGCCAGCUGAUGAAAAUCAGGACAGAGCCGAAGACUCCAAAUCAGAACAGCUUGAAAAAGUAUUGGAGGCCAGAGCUGAAAAGGAUUUGACUGAAGAACAGAAAGACAAGGUUCAACAGGCUGAUGGAACAAAAGAUUAUGUUCUUGGUGGUAAAGUAUUAAUAGAGCCUACACCAUUUGUAAACAAUGAGAAUCAGGAGACAGCACUUCCUUCACUUGCGGGAGAAUUAACUGAAGGGCCACAACAUUCCUGUCAAGAUGGGACUGUACAACCACAUACAGUGCUGUUGCACUUUGACGAUCAUCCUGACCUUGAGGAGGUAGAAGCAAUUGCUGAAAACAUCCAAAGUCUUGUGCAAGACCCGGUGGAGACUCAUGAUGAGUUUCUUCGAAGUGAAAUAACACAGGAAUCCAUUGAAAACGUGAAAAAAUGUAUCACAUCCAACUCCAAGCAGCUUGAUGAAGGAUUAGAGAUCAGAACUGAAGACUUCAUGUCUGAAGAACAGGAAGAACAAGCUCGAGAGACUGAUGGAGAGAACAAUCAUGUUUUUCAUGAUGUAGCAACAGUAGAACCUAUUCCAAUUGUUAACCAUGAACAUCAGGAAAACCAGUUUCCUUCCAUGAAGGUAAAACCUUCUGAUGAGCCCCUCAGGACCCAAGUGGAGGAUGCAGUCUCAUUGCACAUUGGUGAUCGUCCUCAGCUUGAGAAUGUUGAACCCCUUUCUGAGAACAUCCAUAGCCAUGAGGAGUUUCUUCAAAGUCAAACAAUACAGUCAUCUGAUGAAAACCAGAAAAAAUGCAAUGAAGGUUUGGAGACCAAGACUGAUGAUGAAAUUUCAGUGAAAGAUGAAAAAGAGGUCCAGCUGUUAGUUAGUGAGGGUGAUCCUCUUUCUGAUGAAGUAGAAAGACAAACCGAGCAACCGGAGCAGCAGGAUAACCAUAUUUGUACAGUGUGGAUAGAAUCUUCUGAGGGGUGGCAGGAUGCAGAGCCGCUGUGCAUUGAUGAUAUUCUUCUUGAGCAUACGCACACAUCAGGCGAAACCAUUCAACAUUUUGUGAAGGACACAUUCGUGGAGGCCCAAGAGGAGUUACUACUACAAAGUGAAACAACAUCUCAGUCUGUGGAAAACCAAGAAAACAAUCAAGACUUUGAAGCAGAGCACCUCCGUGAAGGUAUGGAGGACAUAAGAGAAGAGAUGUUUGAAGAAGAGGGGGAAGCUCAGAAAGCUGAUGGAAAAGUGGAUCGGGUUCGUUUCGAUAAAGUGGGAAGUCAACCCACACCUAUUGUAAAUUCUGUGCACUGGGAACACCAGCUUCUUCCAGUGAUGGCAGAUUUUCGUGAAGAACCACAAGCUCCAUGUACACUAGGGGCUGAACUGGAGGAUCGAGUUGUACUUUGCAUUGAUGAGAUUUUCCUUGAAGAUGCGGAACCACCUUCAGAGAACUUCCACAGCCUUUUGCAGUACACACUGGAGGUCCCUGAGGCAUUUCUCCCAAGUCAAACAAUACCGUGUGUUGAAGAGUCCAAAGCAGAGUAUCUUGUUGAUAUGAUUUCUGGGGACGUGGAAGAAAAGGCCCAACAUGUGGAUAGAGGGAAAUUCCGAGAUAAUGAACUUUCUUUGGUGAUGCUAGAUUCUGAGGAACCACAUCGCCCAGGUCUACAGGCGACUGGAUUGGAUGAUGCAGAGUCACUGCAGUUUGACAAUUAUCCUGAUCGUCAGGUUUCGGAAAUAUCCUCCCCUCAGCAGUUGUUCAAAGUAAAAACAGAAGUCCUAUCAGGAGAUGGUUGUGAAGAUGGAUCAGUCUGGAGCCAGAUCCUUCCUAGUGAUCCAGAUAAUAAAUCAUUGUUUUUAAUGAGUAGCUGCUCCAAGUCACCAGAACCACCUCAUGAUUCAUCUCUGCUGUACCCAGACAAUGAUGUGGAGCCUCUGGCUUUGGAACGAGAGGAAAAUUCCAACAUCCAAUUGUCUUCUCCAGCCCGCUGUUUGAUUGUGGAGCUCGAAUGA